GGGCGUGGCCAGCGGCCGCAGGGUCCUAUCGCCCGCCCGCCCCCGGCAGCAGCGGGGCCGCUGCGGACAAACCCCGUGUGCCUGUGACUCGCGGGGCCGUGGGACGCGCCGCCCACGGGGGAUCCCCGCGACGGGAAGAGCGCGAGGCCGAGGUGCACGGCCCCAAGCCCCGCGGCUCCUCACCCCGCCGUUCGGCCCAGCCCCGGCCCUCUCCGCCCGGCACCGCGCAGGCGCCGCCGGCGGCAUCGCUGUCAUGGCGGAGAAGGGGCAGAAGAGCGUGAAGAUCGCGCCGGGGGCCGUGGUGUGCGUGGAGAGCGAGAUCCGCGGGGACGUGACCAUCGGGCCCCGCACCGUGAUCCACCCCAAGGCCAGGAUCAUCGCCGAAGCGGGACCCAUCGUCAUCGGGGAAGGCAACCUGAUCGAGGAGCAGGCCCUCAUCAUCAACGGGUAUCCAGAAAACAUUACGCCAGAAACCGAAGAGGUAGAGCCCAAACCAAUGGUCAUUGGCACCAACAAUGUUUUUGAAGUGGGGUGUUAUUCCCAAGCAAUGAAGGUGGGAGAUAACAACGUCAUCGAAUCCAAAGCGUUCGUCGGCAGGAACGUGAUCCUGACGAGCGGCUGCAUCAUCGGGGCCUGCUGUAACAUCAACACCUACGAGGUCAUCCCCGAAAACACCGUCAUCUACGGGGCCGACUGCCUCCGCCGUGUCCAGACCGAGCGGCCGCAGCCCCAGACGCUGCAGCUGGAUUUCCUGAUGAAGAUCUUGCCAAACUACCAUCACCUAAAGAAGACCAUGAAGGCCACGUCCACUCCUGUCAAGAGCUGAGUGAAGGGGAAAAAAAAAAAAAAAACCACCACAACAAAAAAGCCUUGCUUAUUUGCAUCCUGUAUUUAUAUUCUGCUGAGCAUCUCGGACCAGCUUUGGAUCUGUCGUCUGUCGCGCGCUGACUCCAUUGUACGUGCUUUCUUUUGGGAAUAAAAUGACACCCGCUUUCCUGUCGGGGGGGAUGCAG